UCUAUUCCCAACUCAAAACUUCUUUCAUCAAAUUCCCUCUUCUCUCACUUAAAUCCAAGAGAGUGAGUGAGUUGGUCUGUACUGAAAACAGAGAGAAGAAAAAUGCAGACGAAGAAGCUCUUUAUCUCUAUAGUCUCCUUUCUUCUCUAUGCUCCAUUGAUCUUCUCUUCACCAGUUCCAGACCCAGAAGCUAUCGUCGAAGAAGUUCACAAGAGCAUUAACGCAUCGGUCGCAGCACGGAGGAAGCUAGGCUACCUCUCCUGCACAACCGGCAACCCAAUCGACGACUGCUGGCGCUGCGACCCGCACUGGGAGUCCCACCGCCAACGCCUCGCCGACUGCGCCAUCGGGUUCGGCAAAAACGCCAUCGGCGGCCGCGACGGUCGCAUCUACGUCGUCACCGACUCAGGCAACGACGACCCGGUGACCCCCAAGCCCGGAACUUUACGCCACGCCGUGGUCCAGGACGAGCCUCUCUGGAUCAUCUUCCAGCGAGACAUGACCAUCCGCCUCAAAGAGGAGCUCAUCAUGAACUCUUUCAAGACCAUCGACGGCCGCGGCGCCUCCGUGCACAUCGCCGGCGGACCUUGCGUGACGAUCCAGUACGUGACGAACAUCAUCAUCCACGGGGUUCAUAUCCACGACUGCAAGCGAGGCGGGAACGCUAUGGUGCGGAGCUCGCCGAGGCACUACGGGUGGAGAACGGUGUCUGACGGCGACGGUGUGUCUAUCUUCGGAGGGAGUCAUGUCUGGGUUGAUCACUGCUCGUUGUCUAACUGUGAAGAUGGGCUUAUUGAUGCGAUAAUGGGCUCGACGGCGAUUACUUUGUCUAAUAAUUACAUGACGCAUCAUGAUAAGGUCAUGUUGCUUGGGCAUAGUGAUACUUACGCUCGUGACAAGAACAUGCAGAUUACUAUUGCUUUUAAUCAUUUUGGUGAAGGGCUUGUUCAAAGAAUGCCGAGGUGUAGACAUGGGUACUUCCAUGUGGUGAACAAUGACUAUACACAUUGGGAGAUGUAUGCGAUUGGUGGAAGUGCUAAUCCUACUAUCAAUAGUCAAGGGAACAGAUUUGUGGCCCCGAAUAUUAGAUUCAGCAAAGAAGUGACCAAGCAUGAGGAUGCGCCAGAGAGCGAGUGGAAGAGGUGGAACUGGAGAUCAUCUGGUGAUUUGUUGUUAAACGGUGCGUUUUUUACUCCGUCCGGUGGUGCUCAGUCGUCUAGCUAUGCUAAGGCAUCGAGUCUUGGGGCGAAACCGUCUUCUCUUGUUGGACCGUUGACGGUGGGUUCUGGUGCACUGAAUUGCCGCAAGGGUUCUCGUUGCUGAUUGUGGUGGUCACUUAAGGUUUUUUAGCUUAAUUAGUAUAGAAAAGGCAAUUAAAGCCACCAAUUAAGGGAGUUAAGUUAUAACUUUCUGUAGUCCUAAAUUUACUCUCUUUUAUGAUUUUACUUCUUUAUGGGGUAAAAUUAAGGAGAAUACAACCUCUGGCUUUACUGCUCUUUAGGACCCUUGUAAGGAUUCUCUGUUUUAAGGAAUCUAUUAUUA